AUGAGCUUCGGGAAGACCAACUACCGCGUGGGCGGCACGCGCGGCGGCGCCGACCAGUUCAAGUGGGAGGACGUCAAGAACGACAAGUACCGCGAGAACUACCUGGGCCACUCGGUGCAGGCGCCUGUGGGUCGCUGGCAGAAGGGCAAGGACCUGACAUGGUACGCCAAGACCAACAAGUCGCAGCGCGCUGAGGCGCUGCAGGCAGAGUUGGCCCUGGCUAAGCAACGGGACGAGGACCUCAUGAACGAAGCGCUGGGCAUUGCACCGAAGAGACGCCAUGAGCCUGCCGAAGGACUGAGCGCGUCGGAGAUGAAGGAGCUGCUGAAGCGCGGAGAGGCGGAGCGGGAUGGCAUGGACGUGGAGCGCGUUGAAGGACUCGGGGCGGCGCCGGUGGAAGCUGCAGGGUUCGUGACGGCGCCAAAGCGGACUUUGGCUGAGAGAUGA